GCGCGGGGCGGGGGGGCUGCGGGAGCCGCUCCUUCCUUGCCUAGCCCGGUAGGGGCUGGAGGAAGACGCAGAGCGCAGACAUGGCGGCCAACAUGUACCGAGUGGGAGAUUAUGUUUAUUUUGAAAAUUCUUCCAGCAAUCCAUAUCUCAUUAGGAGAAUUGAAGAGCUUAACAAGACUGCCAAUGGAAACGUGGAAGCAAAAGUGGUGUGUUUUUACAGGCGAAGAGAUAUUUCCAACAGCCUUAUAAUGCUGGCAGAUAAGCAUGCUAAAGAAGUUGAAGAAGAGUCUGAAAUUACAGUUGAGGUUGAUUUGACUGAUAAACAGAAACAUCAGUUGAAGCACAGAGAGCUCUUCCUUUCUCGACAGUAUGAGUCCCUUCCUGCAACGCAUAUCAGGGGGAAGUGUGGAGUCUCGCUUCUCAACGAGACAGAAUCGGUAUUGUCCUAUCUGGAGAAAGAGGAUACUUUUUUUUAUUCACUGGUGUAUGAUCCAUCACUGAAAACGCUUUUAGCAGACAAGGGAGAAAUCAGAGUGGGGCCUAGAUAUCAAGCAGAUGUGCCUGACAUGCUUGCAGAAGGAGAAUUAGAUGACAGAGAACAGGCAAAGCUGGAAGUAAAAGUAUGGGAUCCAGAUAGCCCACUUACUGACCAUCAGAUUGACCAGUUUUUAGUUGUAGCACGUGCGGUUGGCACGUUUGCUCGAGCAUUGGACUGCAGUAGCUCUGUUAGGCAACCAAGUUUACACAUGAGUGCAGCUGCUGCUUCCCGAGACAUCACACUGUUUCAUGCGAUGGAUACCCUGCAUAAACACAACUAUGAUUUGAGCAGUGCCAUCAGUGUUCUAGUGCCAGUUGGAGGGCCUGUCUUGUGUAGAGAUGAAAUGGAAGAGUGGUCAGCAUCAGAAGCUAGUUUAUUUGAAGAGGCACUGGAGAAGUAUGGCAAGGACUUCAAUGACAUUCGACAAGACUUUCUCCCUUGGAAGUCGCUGACUAGCAUCAUUGAGUAUUAUUACAUGUGGAAAACCACUGACAGAUACGUGCAGCAGAAACGUCUGAAAGCGGCUGAAGCAGAAAGUAAAUUGAAACAAGUGUACAUCCCCACCUACAAUAAACCAAAUCCCAAUCAAAUAUCCAGCAACAACGGGAAACCUGCUGCAGUCAAUGGAGCAAUGGGAGCCUCUUACCAGGCACAGGCCUCACUGAUAGGUCGAGCUUGUGAAAGUUGCUAUACUCCACAAUCUCAUCAGUGGUAUUCUUGGGGUCCUCCUAGUAUGCAGUGUAGAUUGUGUGCAUCUUGCUGGAUUUAUUGGAAGAAAUAUGGUGGCCUGAAAAUGCCCACACAAACAGAUGAAGAUAAAUUGUCUUCUAGCCAACCUGCAGAGGAAUCCCGUGUUAGGACUCACUUGUCCCGACAGGCCACACAAGGGACUCCAGUUCGUAACACCGGCAGUCCGAAGUCGGCAGUGAAAACACGCCAGGCUUUCUUUCUUCACACCACCUGCUGGACAAAGCUGGCCCGCCAGGUCUGCAAAAAUACCCUCCGCCUGCGGCAGGCAGCCAGACGUCCCUUUGUCCCUAUUAACUGUGCUGCCAUUAAGGCAGAAUGUAAGAUGUUUUUUUAAUUCUUAUCUCUGUGUGCUGUGCUUCCCACCCAUUUUUGUCUUUUAUUUUCUUCUUCAAUAAACAUUUCU